AUGGAACUUUUAGAAGUUGCAAAUUAUCAAAGAGUUAAACUAAAAUCUCAAACACCAGAUCAAAUAAGAUAUUUAAUAAAAACAUGUGCUAUAAAUCCUCCCACUAGACUUUUUGGCAUACAACGUUUAUUUAAAGCUCUCCAAGUAACAAAUAAUGAAUUUCUUCAUUAUCAUAAUUUAACAGUACAAAAUAAUCCAAUAAAAGUUUCUGGACGUGUAUUGGAGUCACCUAAAAUUGCUUAUGCUAAUAAUCGCUAUGUUAAUACUAAAACAAUUUUUGAUAUUUAUAAAAGUCAAGCAAGACAAAAAGAUAUUUUUAUUGAAGAUUGUUAUGAAAUAAAACGAGUUUUUUCAAAUGAAAAGUAUCUUGAAGAUUUAUUUAUUUAUCUUAAUAAAGAAAAAGCAGAUUUUGCUAUAUUUUUAUCACCUGCUAAAUUAACAGAAUUGCAUCAAUUAAUCAAAUUAUUUGAAAGAAUAUAUGAUGUAACAACUGAAGAUUCAAGACAUAAUACUGUUAAGAAUAUAAUUUUUAAAAAACAAUAUAAAACAUUAGAUAAUAUUCUUAUGAAAACUAAUGUUAAAGUUGGUGGAUUCAAUUAUAAUUUAAUUAAUUCAGAAAUGGAAUUAAUUGUUAAUAAAAAUAAACUUAUUAUUGGAAUUGGUUUUAAUCAUACAAGAAGUGGUACUUCUGAUGGAUUAACAACUGUUGGAUUUGCUGCUAAUACAACCAAAGAUUCUUCAUAUUUCUCACUUUUGGUUAUGGAAAACUCCAGUGGCCUUAUAAUAGUCAAUGUGAAUUCAGUAAUGCAACUGCUUUCACAUACUAUGGCUAUUUUCGUCGGUUUAUGGCGGAUUCUUUUGACAACGAAGAUUGUGUCGUCGGUAAAAAAAGAAUCGUUGUAG